AUGGCGCAAGAGGAAUUCUCCUCGGAAGAUGAGGCAGACUGGGGCGGUGAUGAGGAGCCUGCUUCCACUGAGGAUGCGGACGCGCCAGCGGAUCCCAAAGCCAGCGCGGAGGCCGUCCGGCAACAAGCGGAGCUCAAUGCCGGACGAGCGCGUUUGCAUAAGGAAGCUCAGCGCGUUGCGUCGACGGUUCCGGCGAAGAGCAAAGCCAGGUCUUUGGCACCCGGGGCUCUCGCAAAGUCGCAGGUCAAGCCCUCUGCUCCUGCGCAGGAGGCCGUGGCGGUGGAGGUUCCUGCCCCUUCCGGACCUCCUCCGGGCUGGUCGCCGCCGCAGGCUCCGUUUCCAGCCACGGCCCCUCCUGGCCCUCCUCCCAGCGCCCCACCGCCGGUCAUGGACGACAUGGCGCCCCCGCCGGGUAACUUUGCACCUCCCCCGGCCGUUGGUCCGUACAAGCCUGGCCAUCAGCAAGGGCAGAUGCCAGGAAGCUAUCCACCACGUCCGAAUGUGCAGAGGUCAGAGUACAGUGGAGUUCCGAGCCAGCAUCCACCGCAAACCUACCCUCCGCACGGUUAUCGGCAACCUGCGUCGGCCGCUUACCAAAACCACCAGAGCCAACCGCCACCCCCACAACCUCCACCCCAACAGCAUCUGAAGCAGGGCGCCGAAGCUCCUCGAUAUCCUCCGCCUCGCGAAGCUCGGGAAGCUCGGGAAGCUGUGAAAGCGCCGUACCCCUCGCAGCCCUCGCAGGGUGCUUGGGGCCCACGAGACAACCGGGACACUCCUCCCAGCUCUUGGGGCGCCCGGGCCGCCGACACCACCGACGAUCACCACAGGAAAGAAGGCGAGCGACGUCGGGUCCGACGGAGGCGCCACUCCAGACGGGAGCACUCGGGGCGCUCGCGCGGCCGGCGGCGGCGCCGGGAGCGGGACCAUAGCCGAGGCUCCCCGAAGGCACCGGAGAGACCUCCGGGAGAUCACAGCAUCCCAGCCCCUCCCGGAAAUCUGCACGGAGGGCCGUUGCCGCCACAGAGCGCUGUGGGCAAGGCCUCAACAGCCUUUUACGCGAGCUGCGGUUGCGCCCUCGGCACCUGUGCCUGCCGCACCGGUGUCAGCACCGGUUGCGGUGGCAGCUGUGCGUCCGGCAGCGCCAGCGGUGUCAGCCCCGCUGGUGAGAGUGGUACCGUUCGAUGCGCAAGAAUCCUACAGCUACAGCAGCGAGCGAUCCGGCUCUGUGGACUCUUACAGUUCCUACUCGAGUGUGGGCGACAUGACUGGGCCGCCUCAGAGCGCCUUCCCGGCACCAGGCAUCUCGCCUUUCGCGUCGGCUGUUGCUCCUGUCGCUUCGGCAGCACCAGCACAACAACUGGCUCCGAAGACCGCGGCCGAGCUGGAGGAGGAAUACUCCGAGUCAUCGGAAUCUUCCUCUUCCUCUCUGAUGGUCCUUCCCAAGGCCGCCGGAGUCCCGUUCCCUCGCUCUGCUGCCGCCGCUCCCCUCGCCCGUGGCCAAGGUGUCCCACCGGUGAAGCAGGUGCAGACGCCCGAGCCGCAAUUGCAGGUCCGAGGGCCUGUGGCGAAGGCCCCACCAGAGACUCCAGCAAAGAGCGCGUCUACCGCCAAAGUCGAGGCCGCAGCAUCGAGCCAGAGGACGGGCACCGGCAAGCAGCGUCUGACGGUGGCAAGGACGCUUUGUUCCUUGGACAUCCGGAGCGCACUUGGACGGCCAUCUACCGGCCGCUGCAGAUCUCGAGCCUAUGCCCCAGCUCUUGGCGAACCCUGGAGACUCUGUUUUUGCGCGUCGGAUCCAAUGUGCAAUUCGUGGACUUGAUGAGCGUUCUUCAGCUUCAUACGUUGGAGCACGCUAUACGAGGGGACUUCUGGUCACUGGAAAGCAUGCCUUGGUUUGCCGUGGCAUUGCCGAGCUGUGCGGUGCUAUCUCCACUCGGUUCUCCGAAGCGGGGAUCUCGUCUCAUGAUGCCUUGCUUUGCACACCCUCCACGGGGCGAUGAGCGACUGGAUGCAACUCGCUUUCAGAAGAUCAUUGUGCCAGUGCGUUUUGCGCUGUGGGAGUCUUUUCUACGGCGCUACCAGAACCCCAACGUGGCGCUGCAAGUGCUCUCCAGCCAGCUGCUGCGCACACAGCGGGACUGGAGAGCGAAAGUCUGGAUACCACUCAUUUCGCCUUUGUCUCCUUCGCAGCAGCAAGCGGAUCCUUUGCGUGAUGUGUGUCUGUACUGGCUCAUUUGGGGCGAGUUGGGCAACCUACGCUUCUGUCCGGAGUUGAUCUGCUUCCUCGUCACAGCAGCCAGCGAGGUCUGCGUCGUGGCCACGGAGUGCAGUAGUUGGUCGGCGCACGAGGGCUCCUUCGUCGAGGAGGUGGUCAAGCCCAUCUACCGGGUGAUGAUGGCCGAGACAUUCGAAGUGUCCGGUGUGGCACCGAAGUUCAAAUUCGGGAAAGCUCCGGCGCCGGCCCGCGCGUGCAACUACGACGACUGGAACGAGCUAUUCUGGGAUCCAAGGCGGCUGAAGCGUGCCCUGAAGCUGAAGGACAGUGGCCACAACUUCCUCCCUGGAUGCAGCAACGCAUCGGACGUUUGGCAAAAGCUUCCCACCGUUGACUGGGAGAGAUCCUUGCGGAACCAUAAGACCCACCUGGAGUUCCACUCACACCUGCCCCUCCUGAUCGGCAACUACAGGAUUUAUCUACUGCACUCACUGGUUCUCUGCAGCCUCCUGUGCUGGUGGGUCGUGCACCUUGGGCACGAGGAAAGCCUUGGGCGCCGACUUUGGUAUGACUGGGGCUGGCUCAUGGAGGCGAGCCUGGGCCUCAUCGCCCCUGCAUGGAUGCUACUCUUCCAGCUGGGCUUUCAAGGCUUCACGCCCUGCCUAGCCAGGCGGAACCGCUUCCGGGGACUUCUGCAGCUGAUCUUUAUCGACAUGCUGCCAGUGGCCUCCUUCGCCGUGGUCGUUCUUCAAUACAAAUCCGAGGGAGGUACCGGUGCGAUGCUUCUGGACAUCAAGUUCAUCCACAUGCACAUCCGGACCUUCGAUGCCCUUCUGGUUCUACAUGUCUUCUGCUCUGUCUUCGCGCUUGUGCUCGCUCUUGGGCCCCGUUCGGACAACCUGUACCGCUGGCGCUUCUAUCCAACUUUGACGAGGCCGGAGUGCAUGCCUCAAACCCUCUUCUGGGCCUUCACGCUUGGCCUAUGGGCCGUCUUCGUCUCGAGUGGCACGAUGUACUGCGCGCACGCCAUCGUCCGAAUUUGGGAUGUCUAUGACUCUCUGUUCUUGUCCACCCCGCAGCUCCUGGUGGUGUUGAACGUGCUGGUCCUGGUCCCCACGGCUCUGGUCUUUUUCUCGACCCUGUGCUUCUUCUUGAACUUCGCCAUCGCCAUCGUGGGGACCAUGGUGGGCGCCUACCGACUGGGAGGCAUGCGACUGAUGUGCACGCGGAGGGGCCUGGGUUUGACAUACCUACCAGAGACAUUGGUCGGCCGGAUCCUCCAUCUUCCAAACCACGCGAACACGGGGGCCACGGGGCUGCUAGAGAGGAUGACCUGGUGGAGGCGCAUGUCGGACAUGGAGCUCCAGGCUUUCGUGGACGUGUGGAACAAGUUGCUGGACGAGCUACGAGGAAGGGACUUGUUGUGCCAUCGCGAACAUGAGUUCCUGAAGUUUGGGUCGGUGGAGGAAGCGCGCCAGGGCCGCGUGCCGCGCCUCUUUCAGGCCAUGAGCCUCAAUGCGCUGCCGGCGAACCUGGAGGCUCGCCGUCGCAUCGUCACCUUGGCGCGGUCCGCGCAGAUGGACCCGUUGCCGCCUGCGCCAGUCAAGCAGAUGCCAACCCUAUCCGUGCUGAUCCCACACUACUCCGAGACGAUCAGAUACUCCAAGCAGGACCUCUUCUCAGACUCUGUGUCGAACGACCUGCUGCGAUUUCUGAUCAAGUACUACAGGGACGAGUUCCGAAAUCUCAUCGAACGUCUCGAAGGUGCGGACAGCGAGAGCCGGGGACCGAAUUGGUUGGAAGCUGCCCUUUGCGAGUGGGCGUCCCUCCGCAUGCAAACACUCUGGCGCACAGUGGAUGGCAUUUGCCACGCAUAUGGGCAUGCGCUGCAGACGUUGGCCAAGCACCAAACAUUGGGAGACAGCAUCGGCUUCGGUGAGGAGCUCGUUCGCCAGCGGCUGCAGGUCGUCAUCGCCAUGCAGCAAUAUGCUAAGUUUUCGGAUCCGGACAGCUCGGGCUUCAAUCCACAGCAUCUUGAUGCAGUGGAAGCGAUGUUCUCAACCUUCGGGGAUUGGCUGAGCAUCGCUUACAUUGAGGAGCAAGAGGGAGAAGGAGGACGACGCUACUUCUCCUGCCUGAUCGACAGCUCCUGCGCUCGCCAUGAGGUUGGUGAGGGCCACUUCGCAAGGGCGCCAAAGUUCCGCAUUGAGCUGCCCGGAUUUCCUAUCCUCGGCCACGGGAAGAGCGACAACCAGAACUGCGCGGUGAUCUUUACCAGGCGAGCAUAUCUUUUCAGCGGUUGGACUGCUGGGGCGGAUAGCUGCGGACAGCGAGUGGUCCAGCAGGGAGGUGUGUCCAAGGGCACCAAGGGUUUGAAUCUGUCGGAGGACGUCUUCGCUGGCCUGGACUUGUCACUGCGAGGUGGGUGGACCGUCUACCGCGAGUACUUCCACGUCGGCAAGGGAAGAGACAUGGGCUUCAUGAGCGUCCUGUCCUUCUACGCGAAGGUGUCGAUGGGCAAUGCAGAGCAGGCAAUAACACGGCAGUGGAUGCGCUUAGGGCUUCACCUUGAGCUGCCGCAGCUGCUUGGAGUGUUUUACUCCCACAUCGGCUUCUACGUGAACCAGUGCCUCGUUAACCGUGCGACGAAGGCCUUUUGCUUCACGGCCGCCUUCUUCACCCUGGCUGGGGAAGUCCGGAAGCCCUUCAUGGAUCUUGCUGUCGAGAUGGUGUCAAGCUACUUCGGCUACUUCUACCUGCUCUUCGUCCUGGCUUCCAUGCUCCCCUACUUUGCCGAAACAAUGCUCGAGGAAGGAGGUCUCUCUGCGUGCUACAAUCUGGCUUCCUCGCUUCUGGCGUGCAGCCCGAUCUUCUCGGCUUUCCAGUCGAAGCUUAUGGCGCACUUCUUCGAGACCACCCUGAACUAUGGCGGUGCUCAGUACAUUCCAACAGGACGGGGCUUGGCAACACAGAGGGAGCCCUUCGUGAAGAAGCUUGGCCUCUUUGCAGUGAUUGUGCUGCUGGUCUUCAGUGCCGGUGUGGACUAUGGAGCCGGCUUCUACCUAUGCACUUCUUUCUCUUCCGCAGCCUGGGUGGUGUCCCCACUGCUCUUCAAUCCAAGGCAGUUCGAGUCCAAAAGCCAAGCGCUGCGGGACAUCUCCGAAUGGAUGCUUUGGAUGACGAACUCUGAGCCCAAAGAAGAGGCUUCGUGGUGUGCUUGGCAGAUCAGCUUGCAAGAGGUUCGGCGGAACAAGUCGUUGAUGUCCUGCAUCAUCGGCAACUGUCGUUUCAUGGCAGUGCUGUGCACAGCGGCCCUGAUUCUUUCCGUCUUUCCUCCAGCAGCGACCAUCCAUCAGCUUCGGUGGUUGUCCAUCCUUCUCUACUGCCCUCCCUUCUUCCACGGUGUCAUCUGCCUUUUGCUGUCCAUGGUCUUCUGCUCGUCAGCAGCAUCGCGCGUUCCGUAUGUCUUGAUGGCUCCCCUGGCAGCAGUGGUGACGGUGCUUGAAAUGGCCUUCCUGAUCAACCAGGUGAGUUGGAGCCUGCUGUUCUACAAGUAUGUUUGCCUUCGAUGGAUGUUGGAAGCGGCCGACGGCAUUGCUGCGCUGCGCCCUGGAAGAGUUGUCCUCGCACCUCUGCAUGAUGCGUGCAGAAUAUGGGCCUUCUCUUGGCGGUUCCUUCGGGACGCGGCCAUUGGGAUCGCGAUCGGGCUGGCAUGCUUGGCGAUGGCUUGCAUACCCGGUCUCAACUACCUGCACACCCUCUUCCUCUUCCGCACGCGGAGACCCAAGGAAGAGGGCUUGGCAGAGGAAGCGGAAGACUCCACCGCGGCUCUCGUCCACGAAGACCCGUUGGUAAACUUCUUCCGUACUUUUGCGCCCGAGUGCAACAUCGGGAACAUCAGCCCCUCCAGAGCUUCCGGUGCCCUGCGCACCAGCAGAAGUGCACCAGUGAUUUCCUGA